AUGGCGCGGCUGCCGUCCCGGGCGGGGCCUGGGCUCGUCUGCUACGCGGCUGUGGUGCAGCGGGCAGUGGCACUCAGUACGGCCACCGCACGGGACCCCGAGCGCCACCAUCUUAGCCAGGACGGAGGCCUCACAGGGCCCGGUGGAGCACGCGCAGAGCGCCGGAAGCGGAAGCGAAAGCGAUGGAUUGUGGGCAGAAUUAGAAGAUUCGUGCAGAUUCUCAUGGCGGAAGAACGAGACUCGGAUUCGACCGAGCCUCAAGGCUCUGAGACACUCCUGGAUGCUGUGCUGAGGACCCUCUACGACCUGGGAGAGACCGAGAAAGGUAAAACAGAGCCUAAAAGGAUUAGAAAGAAGAGAGAAAAAAAGAGAGAUGUGGAGACGGUAGCACAUGCGACAGCAGAGCCACUUUCCCUGCCUGGACCCCUUGUAAGAGGACAGAAGAAGAAUGCUUCCAGCUUUUUCAAGGAACUCAAAGAAGAGCUACACUCUGCUCCUGCUGUCCCCUCAGCACCCACUUCAGGACCAGAAGUCCCUGCUGCUUCUGCACUAUCGCACUCUCCCCAGAAGAACAACAGCAAGCUAGUAGAAGUGGUAGAGUUUCAAAGCAGAAGUAAAAAAAGAAAACCAAAGUCAGAUCAGGAUGAGCACUCGAAGAAUAAAACAAAGGUCCUUGAAAAAGAUGUGGGUAUUCAAGAAUUUAACCUAGAAAAGGCUCGUCUGGAAGUACACCGCUUUGGGAUCACAGGCUAUGGCAAAGGAAAAGAGAGAGUCCUGGAACGGGAGCGGGCUAUCAUGCUGGGGGCUAAGCCUCCCAAAAAUAGUUACGUGAAUUAUAAGGUUUUACAGGAACAAAUCAAGGAGAAAAAGGCAGCACUGGAAGAAGAAAAGCGAGUGGCUCGGGACACAGACAUUUUCAAGAAAAAGAAGAGAAAAGGGCAGGACGACAGGAGAUCCAAGAAGUCAGCUCCCAGCAUUUUGUCAAAUGGAAGAGUUGGACAAGUUGGAAAAUUCAGAAAUGGGACGUUGAUUCUAAGCCCCACAGAUAUCAAGAAAAUAAAUUCUUCCAGGGUAGCUAAAUGAUGUACUCUGUCAGCUCCAGAGAGGAGUGGGGACAAGUGACAGUGCUGACACGAGACCCUGCCAGCCCUGCAGACUGCUCUUUCAUGUUUCACGGGACCUUUUUUCAUUUGAGGAGCAAGACUGAUAAACAGCAUGGUGACCCUGCUGGACGCCGGGGGCUGCCUAGGCUCCACUCCCAUGUGCUGAAAAGGUUGAUCUCUCUGCAGUGUUGGUGACCCUGGCUCCACUCCUGUUUCUGGUUCCCGGUGUCAGCAACUUGGUUGCAGUCCACUUUUUCACAUUUUUGCUGUCUCGUCAGUGUUUGUGAUUGAGAUUAAAGUGCCUUUUGGACUUUUA